CACUCAAAGGUUUUCUCUGUUUAUGGAACAAUAAGAACAAUGGGUUUGAAUGCAUUUGGUCCCCUGAUAGCUCGAGUACACACGCUUGUCUAUAUGCUUUUCGAAACUGGCGCCGCCACGCCCUGCAGUUUUUAAGUAGCCAAUUACUUUUCUACAAAGAAACCCAGCCUCGUUUAAUUAAAACACAGAGCUUCUAUGUUGCAAAGACUACACGGCGAUGAUACCAGGGCAGCAUUAAGUAGUGUUCCGUCGUGCCAGUGGUAUUAUAUGGCAAUUUAAGAACCGCGUUUUCAAACCAGAAACUUGAGUGCCAAAAACGCGAGUCUGGAGCCCAGAGCAGCCUUGCAGAAUCUGGUCACCCACAGUCACCGUAGAGCCACUGUUUCAUUUACCACAGGAGCCUAUUAGUAUUCGGGAAUGUCCUCACCCAACUCGGAGAAGAAAAGCCGGUGGAAUUUUGGAAGAUCUGUGUCCAAGAAAAACGCACAGGACAGGAGACAGUCAGCCCUGGAGAUGACUGAGAAUGCAGAUAACAAGCAAUAUGAACCCAUACACCCACUGGGUAACAGUCAACAGCCUCCGUCCCUGGAAGUGCAAGCAGGUCUAGGCAGGAGCCUGGACGAGGAAGUGUUUGUGGAUACAGGGGUUUCACACCCCGUCUCACCUGUUCCAAGAGUAAACCUGGAUCCCAGGGUAUCAAUCUACAGUGGCAGGCGACCCAUUUUCACCCGGACCAACAUCCAAGGACGGGUUUACAACUUUCUGGAGAGACCCAGUGGUUGGAAAUGUUUCUUUUACCAUUUCACUGUAUUUCUCAUAGUGCUCAUUUGCCUCAUCUUCAGUGUCUUGUCGACCAUAGAGCAGUAUACUGCUUUUGCACAUGGAACUCUGUUCUGGAUGGAAAUCGUGUUGGUGGUGUUCUUUGGGGUUGAGUAUGUGGUGAGAUUGUGGUCUGCAGGAUGCCGCAGCAAAUAUGUUGGUAUCUGUGGCAGGCUUCGCUUUGCAAGUAAACCUAUUUCGAUUAUUGAUUUGAUAGUUGUUAUAGCUUCAGUAAUUGUGCUGUGUGUCGGCUCAAACGGACGAGUCUUUGCAACCUCUGCCAUCAGAGGUAUCCGCUUUCUUCAGAUUCUCCGGAUGCUGCACGUCGACCGACAGGGAGGCACCUGGAGGCUUCUGGGGUCUGUUGUUUUCAUUCAUCGGCAGGAGCUGAUAACAACCCUGUACAUUGGCUUUCUGGGGUUAAUAUUUUGUUCCUAUUUCGUGUACCUGGCUGAGAAAGACGCUGUUGAUGCUAAUGGGGUCACGGAGUUUGCCAGCUAUGCUGAUGCCUUGUGGUGGGGAGUGGUGACUGUAACUACGAUUGGCUAUGGUGACAAGGUGCCUCAGACGUGGAUAGGCAAGACCAUCGCCUCCUGCUUUUCAGUGUUUGCUAUUUCAUUCUUUGCGCUGCCUGCAGGAAUUCUUGGCUCUGGUUUUGCCUUGAAAGUCCAGCAAAAGCAGCGACAGAAGCAUUUCAAUAGACAGAUUCCUGCAGCGGCGUCACUCAUACAGACGGCCUGGAGAUGUUAUGCAUGUGAAAACCCUGACUCCUCAACUUUCAAAAUGUACAUCAGAAAAUCUGUCAGAAACUACGCUUCACCAUCCAGCCCAAGACCAAAGAAAACGGUUAAAAUCAGGAAGAAGACCAAGACUGAGAAGGACAAUGGAACAAACUCACCUAUGGUUCCUCACAUCACGUAUGACCACAUCGGAGAACCACAAAGCUCUGAUGGAUUCAGUAACUCAGCAGGCCGCCCGUUGUCCUGGACCUCGUUUCAGUUCUACUCCCCCUCUCCAGUGAAAAAAUCGUCUGGGUUUCUUGAAGUCCACCAGCCAGGAGCUAUCCACAGAACAUACAGCUUCGGGGAAGACCUUGAACUGGAGGGGGAAAGUUCCCUGAUCCCCAUCACACACAUCUCUCAACUACGAGACCAGCACCGCGCUGCCAUUCGCGUGAUUCGCCGGAUGCAAUACUUUGUGGCCAAAAAGAAGUUUCAGCAAGCCCGGAAGCCAUACGACGUGCGGGAUGUAAUUGAGCAGUACUCUCAGGGCCACCUCAACCUCAUGGUGCGAAUCAAGGAACUGCAGCGAAGACUGGACCAGUCCUUAGGAAAGCCCUCCCUGUUUCAAUCUGCCUCAGAAAAAAGUAAAGACAGAGGAACGAAUACAAUUGGAUCACGCUUAAACCGGGUGGAAGAUAAGAAUCCUUUAAAUGUAGAUUCUUGGGAAAAGAUCACGCAUAUGGACCAGAAGCUGAACCACAUUGCCGAUGUGCUGAACUGCCUGGCCGCUGGUCUUCAGAGUCAGCCUGCCCAACCAACAGUGCGAAGCGGAGCCAUGCAGUCCGAAUUCCUCUCCAACAGCAACGCCUUGCCUACGUAUGAACAGCUGUCCAUCCCCAGGAAGAACCAGGACCACAGCUCCUGAGUGCCUCCCCCCGCAUGCUCGAUUGUGAAUACUGUUUGAAGAUCAAGCCUUCAGAGUUAAACUGAGACUUGAAGACCAUUAGGAUAUAAAUACAUUUUAUAAAAACUUGAAUAGAAGAUCGUAUUCUCAGGUGGAAAUGGAAGCAUUAUAUUUUUGUGUAUUUUUCUUGUUUAGAUUCACUUUUGUCCUCAAUAUAAACGUCUAACCUCAAAGAACAUCUAGUAAACCAAAAUGUAACCAAUUACCUAUCCCCCUGCAACACUAUAUUGAACAUAUGUUAUAUGCAGAUACAUCGACCAGGGACAGUGUUGCAGUGGGACAGGCUAAUGGCUGUACUCUGAGAUUAAACAUGCUUCUGAGAUCCCUAUUGAUGCCACUUUGAGACAUUAAAAUUCACCAGCAUGAAAACAGAAAAUUGUACAAAGUAAAACUAAACAAGAAGAUAACUAAUAUUUCACACCAAUACCAAGAUGGUCUUUUAGUUGAGAAAAGCUGUAUCAUGCAUAUCUAUUUGUCCCUCACAUUGAAACUGGACACACUCAUUUAAGAAACGGGACAACAUUUAAGUAAAAAAAUCUCUUACAUUUUUAACUUCUUAAAGCACUAAAACAGAUUUUAGAGAAAAGUAAAAGUUAUUGUUUUAUGAAAUACUGUCAGUUUUGUCUCUCACUAUAAAACAAUUCUAUUUUCUGAUAUUUAUUUAAGGAUAUUGACACAUAUUUUAAUGUCCUCCCUACAAGCAAAAUCAAAUAUAGAUUUGUGGUUCGAAUCUAUGCAUCUCUGAAACACCACUUUUAAGAAACCAUUCAAAUGUACAGUAGUAAUGUAAGAAUAUGUUCAUAAUUCUAUGUAGCCUGUGUCUCUUAACCUUACAAAUUGUAUCAAACUUACCAAAAAAGUACUGUAGUAUUUUUGACACAGUGAAUGGUACCCAUAAUACAGUAUCAGUAAAAAGAAACUUAAUAUAAAAAAGAAACACCUUAUUUAAGCCAGUUUAUAAUAAUUUUGAAAACAAUAACUAGUUUAUUUAUUAAUAUUGAGCCUAGACAGGUCUCCAGGCACAAGCUAGCAGUCUUUUACUUUAGCUACAGUAACAGUAUACAUUGCAUUGUGAAGCCUUUAAUCUGAAAUGUAUUCAGACAAGAUUUAAUCUUUUUUUUUUUUUCUUAUAGUCAGGUGCCUUGUAAGGUUUCCUAAGAGAAGAAACCGAAAUGUUCAUGUAAUUUUGCAUGUGCUGUACCUGUUCUUUUGGCAGUGCUAGUUACCCCCUGGUGCUUUCGAUAUCAGCCAAUGCAGGAAGUUCUUUGAUACCAAAGGUGAUUGUACAAUAAAGUUACAAACCAAAUACUACAAUAAUUCCUGUAUUUAAAAAAAGUUUAACUGGCACAUGUAAGCGUACAGCAGCCAAAAGACAGUAACUGCAAUGCUGUAAAUAUAACCCAGUGUUUUUCCUACCCAUUUUUAUACCGAUAUAUCCACCACUAAGUCUGACACUGCCAAGUUGGUUAGAUAGAUACCAGUGUAUUUUACCCACAUGUUUUUGUAUGAGUCUAGUCCUCUCCUACUGGAGAAAUGGCCAGUUUUGUGUCAAUAUCCUGUUGAACUGGAUCUGAUGUGUCAUGAUCUACACUGUAUUGUAUGUUAUUAUUACUUUGAGGGUGUAUGAGUGUAAUAUCUCCUCUUUAUAAAGAUACAACACUGCACUUCCAGCCCAAACUUGGUAGUCCUGACAGAAGAACGUUAUCAUCCAUAACUUCAAAACGUUUUAUCAGAAUUGAGGUAAAACUAGAAGAAACAAAGACAAACAUUCAAACGGAAGAAAUGUUUGUCUGCUUUAUAGUUUUACCUGACAAUAAGAAGUUACUGUCAUGGAUUUGUUAUAUAUAGUGAUACACAUAUAUUGUAUUUUAUGUAGGUCAGACUUUUAGAAAAAAAUCACACAUAUGUGUAUAUGAGAUAUGAUGUACUUUUUCUUUGUAUUUUGACUAGCAUGCAUUACUGGUAUUUAAAUAAUAAUAAUAGUAAUAAUGCAUUCAGUUUAUGUACUGUUGGGUCGCAAUUAGAUAAGUUAGCUUUGUUUACUGGUUAAAGAAGACAAUAGGCACUCAGUCAAAGACACUGGACAUUUUUUAAACUUAGACGUGCCAAAAGCUAACCAUAAGACAAACGCACUGGUGAACAAAAUGAGCUCUACAUGCUUGAACUGUACCAUACACCGUUACAAUCUCGAAAGGUCUUCAGGUUUAUUUUUAUUAUGACACAGGGAUAUGGGCAAUUGCUGUAUAAAUCAUGCUGAUUUUGUAAUGAUUUUUCUCUUUGUUACCUAAAGUGUAUCAUUUACAGUGUAAUUUCAUUUCUGACUCAAUAAAUCAGUUGACACAUUUGAA